UGACGUCACUGACAAGCGCCAGGCGGCACGUUGGCCAAGCUUUCGGCGGGCUUCCGGGAGACCAAAAUGUCUAUGGCUAGUGAUUUCUACCUGCGCUACUACGUGGGGCACAAGGGCAAGUUUGGACAUGAGUUUCUAGAGUUCGAGUUUCGGCCGGACGGAAAGCUUAGAUAUGCCAACAAUAGCAAUUACAAAAAUGAUGUCAUGAUCAGGAAAGAGGCAUAUGUACAUAAGAGUGUAAUGGAAGAACUGAAGAGAAUUAUUGAUGAUAGUGAAAUUACAAAAGAAGAUGAUGCCCUGUGGCCUCCCCCUGACAGGGUUGGACGACAGGAACUUGAAAUUGUAAUUGGAGAUGAACACAUUUCUUUUACCACAUCAAAAAUAGGUUCUCUUAUUGAUGUAAAUCAGUCAAAGGAUCCUGAAGGCCUUCGAGUAUUUUACUAUUUGGUACAGGACUUGAAAUGUUUAGUUUUCAGUCUCAUUGGAUUACACUUCAAGAUUAAACCAAUUUAAACUGUGUUUUUGAAGCUCUUUGUAUAUUUAACUAAGGGAUAGGUAAGGGAGGGUUUAUUUGCCAUUUCUAAUACUGGGAUUUUUAUGAAUGUGAAACAAAACGUUUUUCUUGUACAUAAACUGAAUAUUGAAAAUAAAUGAAUAGGCUUAAUGAUUUUUCUCACUUGGGACCAAGGUUAGACAUCCCAUACACAUUAAAUUCUGUAAGUAAAAGUCACUUUUGUUGAAAUUUUGUUUUAAUAAAACAUCAAAGCCUG